GUUUGGGCAUCAGAUUUCCCAGCAACAAAUCAUAUCUAAUAAUCAGUUCUUUUUUCUCAUUUGACUUGUUAUGGAUUGAAAUCAUCUGCACUAAGGAGGAUGUUUGAUUUCUUGUUUUGAUCUACUUACAUCGGUGACCUUGCUCCAUUUAAGAAUAUGGUGAGCAAGAUGGAUAGGGAAGAUUACAUCCUAAGAUCUCGAGGGGCAAGGAAUGUUGACAGUAAAGGGCUUUUUGCAUUUGGCAGUUGUUGGAGGAAGAAAAAGGGUUUGUAAGUAUCUUUUGGAGGUGGGAAAUGUUGACAUCAAUAUGAAGGAUUGGAUAGCUAGUGAGACUCCUCUACAUCAUGCAAUUUCUAAGGGGCAUUUUCCUACUAUUGUUUUUCUUCUACAAAUCCCCUUCAUGCUCCAUCUCAGGUGUCAAGGCAUUUGGAGAAUUGAAUGACAGUGAGACAAUUAAUUCAUGCUAAGUUGGCCAUGGUGGUUAAAGAUUUAAGUGAUUCUCCCUUGUUUAAAGGUAAAUUAGCAACAUCCUCAAGCCUGCAAUGAGAUUCACCAUUUCAUAUUCAACCAUUUCUGUAACAAUUUUAGGAUAUCAAAACAGUGUUAAGUAGUUAUACUUAAUCUAUUGUAUUAAGAGUUCUUCAAAGCUCAUGUAAUAUUGUGAUUGACAUAAGUCCUUCUUGUUUUCCUUCGUAUCAAAGGGUACUACAAAUACCCUAUUAUUAAUAAUAUUUCAUCAUUGUGUUAUCUUAAUCAUUUCUCUUAUUGUAUCAUUAAUUAUUAUUACUCUUUAAAGGGAAUAAAUCAAACAAUUUUCA